AUGACUGAACAACAGAAAUGUGCACAGGCAUCUUUACAAAUUUCGUGGAUACUCGGUAAACAUAUGAAGCCAUUUACAGAUGCUGAUAUUGUUAAAGAAUGUAUGCUUCAAUUUGUAAAUAUACUGUUUGAAAAUAAAAAGGAAAUUGUCGAAACUUUUCGUCAUAUCCCAAUAUCAGCAUCCACUAACACGAGAAAUACUGAAGUAUUGGCCAAAGAUAAUCACAAUCAGUUGAAACAAGAUCUAUCUACUGCUGAUUUUUAUUCUAUAGCCUUGGAUGAAUCUUGUGAUAUCACAGAUACAUCUCAGCUAAUAAUUCACGUGAGAUACUUGAGCAAUAUCAGUGGGGCAUUUUACGAAGAGUUAUUGACACUUUUGCCAUUAUCAGGGACCAGCAAAGGAAAUGAUUUGUACAAUGCUGUAGUAUUGUAUUUUGAAACAGAAAAUUUAAAUUUGAAAAAAAUUAUCUCUGUUACAACCGAUGGUGCACCAGCGAUGAUUGGCGCUCAUCAAGGCUUUGUUCAAAGAUUAAGAAAUGACCCUAAAUGCAACUCUGAUCUUUUAUCGUACCAUUGUAUCAUUCAUCAAAGCCACAGACUAUUUAAGGCACUUGUUCAGGAAAAUGAUACUCAGUUUGACGAUUUAUUACUUCAUAAUAAUGUGAGAUGGCUGAGCAAAGGAAAUGUUUUGCAAAGGUUUUUUAACUUACUGAAUGAAAUUGAACUAUUUUUAAUUCAGAGUAAACAUUUGUCUGGCAAAGACUAUCACGAAUUUAUCAGUGAUAAUAGUAACAUAGCAACUAUUGCGUUUUUGACAGAUAUAUUUCAACACAUAAUUUCGUUCAACUCGAAACUUCAAGGUAAUCAGAAACUAAUUUGCCAUUUAGUUUCUGAGGUAAAUUGUUUCUGUAGAAAAAUUGACUUUUUUUUACAAGAUGUUGGUAAUGAACGUUUACAUUUUCAUAACUUGAAAAAAGUUGUAGAUGAAAAUCACGAGAUUGAUAUGACAAAUUUUACGAAGUUUUUGGAAAGUUUAAAAACUGAAUUCGAAAGACGCUUUGCUGAUUUUAGAAAAAUCAAAAACGUUGUACAACUAUUGAACAGUAGUUUUACUCUGCAGCCUGAUGGUGAAUGGAUUAACGAAGCAGAAAAUGUUUUCAACUGCAAUAGAGCACAUCUUCAAAUGGAAAUAAUUGAAUUUCUAUCAGAUGAUGUCCUAAAAAAUUUGUAUGAUGAAAAGUAUUCAAAAACUGAAAUUGAUUCUACAUAUGAUGAAUUUUGGUUGAAAUAUGUAUCUGAAAAGAAAUACCCGACGUUGAAAUUAUUGACAGUAAAAAUGUGUACAGUAUUUGGCUCCACAUACGUCUGUGAGUCUGCUUUUUCAAAAAUGAAUUAUAUCAAAAACAAAUUCCGAUCCCGAAUCACCAACGAACACCUUGAAAUUAUGAUGAAGAUAGCUACCACAAACCAUAACCCCGACUUAAAGCAGCUAGUUGAAAGCAAGAUCUGCCAUUUUUCUCAUCAAAAAUAUUAA